AGGAGCAGCCAGUCAAAGCCAGCCAGCAUCUAAGCCAGCGUAGGAACUGGAGCAACGGUGGACGAAGGGUCGACUGGUUUGGAAUACGAUAUAAUUUCAAUAUUCAUAAGUACAGACGGUGUAUGCAACAGACGACUCGUCGACAUGCAUGUGAGGGUCUUUCGUUUGGGCUCGGGAAGCUGAAGCAUAUUGCAGCCCGGUCACAUUACGUUUUCGGUGGGAUAAGCCAUCUGUGAUACACUGGGUGUGCACAGCGCAAUAACGGCGCGAGCCAACCGGUUAUUCCAUCGACAGCUAGCUCGCAUUAACCCAGCUAGCAAACCAUUUUCGAGAGCCCCGUUAGCUUGCGGCGAAGGGAGCAUCUUGGUCCGUCCGUGGAUGCUGCCGAGGGAGACCUGACACGACCCAACAGCAAGAUUCAAACCCGAGGCAUGCGAAGAGAGGUGUUUUUCUGCGAACGAGCGAGGAAAUCUCCACGCCCCGGGGUCUGGUCUGUGGUUACUGUUUAGCUAGCUCGCUGGCUAGCCAGCCUACCGGGAGACUAGCUCAAGUGAAGGUGGGGCCGCGGACUGACAGGCUUGGACGCCAGCUAAUGUGGCUAGCCGGCUAACUUGGACUCUCGAGUGGCCAUUGGUUUUCCUGUCACUGACAUUGGGGGGUUUCAGCUACCAAGUGUGUGCAGUCUGGCACAAUUGUGACCGCACUCGGCAAGUAAAGACGUUGUCAUUGAUUCCUCCAAAGCCCGUGUGGGUGGGAUAUCUCGAGGAGAGCAUCCUCGAUUACCUGUAUGACCAUGGCGGACGACGACGUGCUGUUCGAGGAUGUCUACGAGCUGUGCGAGGUGAUUGGCAAGGGUCCCUUCAGCGUGGUGAGGCGCUGCAUCAACAGGGACACGGGCCAGCAGUUUGCCGUGAAGAUCGUCGAUGUGGCCAGCUUCACCUCCAGCCCUGGACUCAGCACAGAAGAUCUGAAGCGGGAGGCCAGUAUCUGCCACAUGCUGAAGCACCCUCACAUCGUGGAGCUGCUGGAGACCUACAGCUCUGAUGGCAUGCUCUACAUGGUCUUUGAAUUCAUGGACGGAGCGGACCUGUGUUUCGAAAUUGUGAAGAGAGCAGAUGCGGGUUUCGUGUACAGCGAAGCGGUGGCCAGCCACUACAUGAGGCAGAUUUUGGAGGCGCUUCGGUACUGCCACGACAACAAUGUGAUUCAUCGUGAUGUAAAGCCUCACUGCGUGCUGUUGGCGUCAAAGGAGAAUUCUGCUCCAGUCAAGCUGGGAGGUUUCGGAGUGGCAAUCCAGCUGGGAGAGUCUGGUUUAGUAGCCGGAGGUCGAGUCGGUACCCCCCACUUCAUGGCCCCAGAGGUUGUCAAGAGGGAGCCAUACGGCAAACCUGUGGACGUGUGGGGAUGCGGAGUCAUCCUCUUUAUCCUCCUGUCUGGCUGCCUUCCUUUCUACGGCACCAAAGAGCGUUUGUUUGAGGCCAUCAUUAAGGGGAAAUACAAGAUGAACCCGCGCCAGUGGGCCCACAUCUCGGAGAGCGCCAAGGAUCUAGUGAGACGCAUGCUGAUGCUGGACCCUGCUGAGAGAAUCACCGUGUACGAGGCCCUCAACCACCCUUGGCUGAAGGAGAGGGAUAGGUACGCUUACAAGAUCCACCUGCCCGAAACAGUGGAGCAGCUGAGGAAGUUCAACGCCAGGAGGAAGCUGAAGGGUGCAGUGCUGGCUGCUGUUUCCAGCCACAAGUUUAAUUCAUACUACGGCGAUCCCCCAGAGGAGCUUCACGACUUCUCAGAUGACCCCACUUCCUCAGGGGCAGUGUCCCAGGUCUUGGACAGUCUGGAGGAGAUUCACGCAUUGACGGACUGCAGCGAGAAAGACAUGGACUUCCUCCACAGCGUGUUCCAGGAUCAGCACCUCCACACCCUGUUAGACCUGUACGACAAAAUCAACACCAGGUCGUCCCCCCAGAUCAGAAAUCCUCCAAGCGACGGAGUGCAGAGAGCCAAAGAGGUCCUGGAAACCAUCUCGUGUUAUCCGGAGAACAUGGAGGCCAAGGAGCUCCGAAGGAUCCUCACACAACCACACUUUAUGGCUCUGCUGCAGACCCACGACGUGGUGGCACACGAGGUGUACAGCGAUGAGGCGCUGAGGGUGACCCCACCUCCCACUUCGCCAUAUCUAAACGGAGACUCCCCAGACAGCACCAACGGAGACAUGGACUUGGAGAACGUGACCAGGGUUCGCCUGGUCCAGUUUCAGAAGAACACAGACGAGCCGAUGGGCAUCACUCUGAAAAUGAAUGACCUGAACCACUGCAUCGUGGCCCGAAUCAUGCACGGUGGAAUGAUUCAUCGACAAGGUACUCUGCACGUAGGAGACGAGAUCCGAGAGAUCAACGGCAUCAGCGUGGCCAAUCAGACGGUGGAACAGCUUCAAAAGAUGCUGAGGGAGAUGAGGGGUAGCAUCACGUUCAAGAUAGUACCCAGCUACCGGUCACAGUCCAUGUCGUGCGAGAAAGAGUCACCGGAUUUGUCCCGACAGUCCCCCGCCAAUGGUCACGCUAGCGUCACGAGCUCCAUCUUGGACCUGCCAUCAACGAUCCAGCCCAAAGGACGCCUGAUCUCAAGAUGUGCUAUCAAGGAGAAAUUGUCCAUGAAGAUAUAUGUGCGUGCCCAGUUUGAGUAUGACCCGGCCAAAGAUGACCUGAUCCCGUGCAAGGAGGCUGGCAUUCGCUUCCGAGUGGGCGACAUCAUUCAGAUCAUUUCCAAGGACGACCACAACUGGUGGCAGGGGAAGCUGGAGAACACAAAGAAUGGCACAGCGGGACUCAUCCCCUCCCCCGAGCUGCAGGAGUGGCGUGUGGCCUGUAUAGCCAUGGAGAAGACCAAGCAGGAACAGCAGGCCAGUUGUACCUGGUUUGGCAAAAAGAAGAAACAGUAUAAAGACAAGUAUCUGGCCAAGCACAAUGCAGUGUUUGACCAACUAGAUCUGGUGACGUACGAAGAAGUCGUCAAACUGCCGUCGUUCAAGAGGAAAACGCUGGUUUUGCUCGGUGCCCAUGGAGUUGGCAGGAGGCACAUCAAGAACACGCUCAUUACCAAACAUCCUGACCGCUUCGCCUACCCCAUCCCUCACACGACUCGGCCUCCUAAGAAGGACGAGGAGAACGGCAAGAACUACUACUUUGUGUCUCACGACCAGAUGAUGCAGGACAUCAGCAACAACGACUACCUGGAGUACGGCAGCCACGAGGACGCCAUGUACGGAACCAGGCUGGAGACCAUCAGGCAGAUUCAUUCUCAGGGCAUGAUCUCCAUCUUGGAUGUUGAACCGCAGGCGCUGAAGAUCCUCAGGACGGCAGAGUUUGCUCCCUACGUCGUCUUCAUCGCGGCUCCCACCGUCGCCCCGGGCAUGACCGAGGAUGACUCUCUUCAGCGGCUCCAGAAGGAAUCGGAGAUGCUGCAGCGGACCUACGCUCACUACUUCGACCAGACCGUCGUCAACAAUGAGAUCGACGACACCAUCCGGCUGCUGGAGGAGGCCGUGGACCUGGUGUCCACCUCUCCUCAGUGGGUGCCCGUCUCCUGGGUCUACUGACGUACCCUCGACGGCUCGGCGCCCCGACCCCUUUGCCUCCGAUCCGGCGCGGAUGCUGCGCUUUGGUCGGGAUCCCCUCGAAUCGCGUCUCUCUCGUCGGAUUCGUCCGUUUCUGUACAUAAACUGCUGUUGAAAAAGAGGGAAAUGAAGAAGCUCGACUGACUGACGGACGGACAGGCGCUUCGUCCUGCCCCUACCCCCUUUUUUGCAACAGCCUCAAAGGCAUAUUGUUGUGUACAUAUAUACAUAUAUAUAUAAAUGAUUCAAAAAAUAGUGAAUAUGGUUCUGUCCUUACAUAGUUCAAGGGUGGGGAGUGGAGGGGCAGCGUGGUAGAUAUUUUGUACUUUUCUUUUGUAAUCGACGGAUGGGUGGUAACGUUGGAAAGGCAAUAGCGAGCAUGACCGUAAAGCAGUCUCGUGUGGGUGCCUGUGUGUGUGUGUGUGUGUGUGUGUUGACCUUUCAAGGCACUCGUGGUACUCUGCGUCCUCCCCUCAAACGUCCCCUCGGCCCCCGUGACAAACGGGCCGAACUCUGAAGCACAUUAGAAGCUGCCGCGGUGGCGAAGAGCGUCUCCCUCGGCUCCCGACGAGAGUUGGAGUGAAGCAAAAAGCACAGGAAACUCGGCAGUUUCUUUCUCCCUCGUCCACCCCUCCCUUCCUUGAUUUCGCUGGCCCUCCGUGCCUGUCAGUUUGUUGAAGGAGCACACUGCAUCCCUCUACGCUGUCUUUCUGUGUGUCGCUGUAGCCCGUUGUACCGUGCUUCCCUUCUCAACCUCUGACAGUCUUUGUUUACAUCUCAGUUUGCACAAAAUGGACAAUGAAGGAGAGGUGCGCCGCAUCUCGUCACCUCGCCCUUUGCUUUUGGUCUGCCUGCUCUCUUCUGGCCGUACCCCUCUGCCUCCGUACAUCGUUCUUGGAGCGCGAUCGGCUCUGAAAAAGCACUUGGGGCGCCGCCGAAUGUGGUUCCUGAACUGGAAGGCAAAAAAAAAAGAACAACAAAAAAAAAAUCACAAAGACAAGACAAAAACCAGAAAGGAGCAAAAAAAAGAAAAAAGACAAAAAAACUGCCUCGUCAGAGCCUCGGGGAGGAAGUUGGUAACACCUAUGCACACCCCUGGUUUCUGCCAGGCAGACAACCACGACAACCGUUUUCCUCUUUCCUCGCACUCAAACGGCGAGCCGCGCUCGUUCCGGUGUUCGUGGGAAUGUCUGUGGAAGGCGAGGGCCUCGCGGAGGUGGGACGAAUCCGAUCCUAGAGCCACCGUUUUGGAACUGUUAACUGUUGUCUAUAAAAAUAUCGACGAGUAUUCUUGUUUUGAGGGAGAGAAAAUAACUCUAAAUUUUGUGUGUAAAUGUUUCAAUGGUGCGUCAUACGAGUGAAUUACCAAGAGCCAGUGUAUAUUAAUCCUCAAAAGAAGCUCUGUAUGUGACAUAACCUCUUCAUGCUUUACCUAAAGUGGUACAAUGUUGCCCCGCCGACAGUAACUCCGUAUGCAGGCACAUUGCUUGAAGGGUCUUGGGGGGACAAAAAAAAAAAAAAAAAAAAAAACACAACAACGAAUGACAGAGGAAAGUCGUCCAUCCU